AUGGCCACCAUGAUAUACUCAUAUCUCGUCGUUCUCGACAUCACUGUAACUCGACGAUCCAAAAUCCCAAAGUCUAGCAAUGGCAUCGAUACUUUUACCUCGUCUUCGAAUGAUAUCUCGAGCACUAUCGCUAGCCCAUCCAAGACCACGGUUUCUUCAAUCACAAAACCGACUCCAUCUUCCUCGAUGACCCCAAUUACGGGAACAGCUUCAUCAGUUACCGCGAGUCCAUCAUAUGAAUCGAGAUUUACUGUCAGCCUUGCGGAGCCACCAUACCGGACAGUUACAGAGCAAGUGACAGGGACGUUUACUGCAGCACCAUCAAUGCCAAGUCGUGGGAGUUCAGUGCCAGUAGCAGCAAUUGUUGGCGCAGUUCUCGGUUCCGUCAUCCUCUGCACUCUCUUGCUAGCCAUCUUGUUUUUUAUUCGCAAACGUAAACUUACAAAAGUGUACAAAGCGCCAGCAUAUCCCUCGCCAUAUGUUGGCGGUGACAUGACACCACAGCUCUCGAGCAAAGCAUCGUCACAAUUUCAAAAGAAGGUGGCGGAGUUAUACAGAGCUGAUACGAUGGAAACACGCGAACCCCCACAACUGGACAGUCGAGAGAUUCUACCCCAGUUUCGCCGACGUGACUCGAUGGGACGAUUUGCAGAACUUCCAGCGGAGCCGCUGCCGUGGCCUGGUCACUCCGCGAAUUGA